CCGCGCAACAUGGCGCAACAUGGCGCAACGCCACAGUCAGCCAAACCUGAACGUCGAUUCUCGGCAUGGACUGUUCUCGCUUGUUCUCGCACCGCAUCGCCAAGACUGUCGUUCCUGGCCACGGAAAGCUUUCAGCUCGUCUUGUGCGAGCUUCUUUCCUUCGCUUCAUGAUGAUCUCUGAAAGUUAUGGGAGAAGAUCUGCGGAAUGGAAUCUGCGUCGACUGCCGCAAAAUCUAUUUCUAAGCCUGAAGCUAGUCCGACAAAUACUUGGCUGUUCGUUGAGGAUGGGACGAAACCGGGACCGGCGAGGAGUAAGCAGUCUCGUGCUCACGUUGCACGAGUCAAUCGUCAGCGACAGAAACUGAAGGCUCAGGCUCUCAAUGCUGCGAAAGCCGGCAGCAUACAAUCUGGAAGCUCAUCACUACAAUCACAAACUGGUACACAUGCCCUUCCACUUCGAUACCGGACGAACCUCCAAGCUGGCAGCGCUGCGGAUGAAGAGGUCACACGAGCCCUCAUAGAACGAGAGCGACAGACUCUCAUCGCCCGACACCCGAAGCCAAGACCUACGAUACCCAGGACCAUCCAACCAGUCUUCGGUGGUGCUGUCAUUGACUCUUUCCCGCAGCAACAAUCAGUCGAGGCAGCCGAACUCGCUCAAUUCUGCUUCGAAAGCGUCUUCGGUGCAUGGUUGACUCUACCACAAAAACACAUCUGGGUCGCAGCUUUUUUUCGGCAUCCGCUUGUGUACCACAGCUUGAGUUUCUCAUGCGGCAUCAUACAAGACUUUCAUUUGCGCAGACCUAUCCAGCAUAACCGGCUUCUGCAUCGAGGCCAGACUAUUGGUCUCGUGAACGAAGCACUUGGCAAUUUGGCAGAUGUGGAUAUUGAGCCGGUUUUAUUGGCAAUUUCUACGCUAUGGCGAAUUGAUAUCGAGAAUUUGGGUGUUGCGAAAGAAGUUCCGAUGCUUUUUGCACCUCAUGUACGGAAUCUGAGUUGGGUUGAUCUCUUUGGCAAGCUCGGAGGCGAUUCGCGGCAUGGGCAAGCACUGGCUCAACUGGUUCGACGAAAGAAAGGCCCCGAGCUGGGAACUUUUACGACUUUGCCGAGUUUAGAAGGAACAUUGGCUCUGGCAGAUCUGAUCGACGGUAGCGGGAACGCUUCGAAACCAAGGUUUCCGAGCAUUUGGUCAUCGAAACAGUAUAUGGAAGCACUAAGUCCUGCACUGAAGCAACUGUCCGGCGAUAUCGAGGGCAAGUACUUCUACGAGCAUAUCAGUCAUGGCCUCAAUCACGAGCAUUGUGCCGUGUAUUAUCGCUUGAGCUGUGUCGAUAAGCUACUGGACGACUUUGCCCAGCCUGGUCGAGCUGUGAGCCGUGACGAAGCCUUCUUCAUCGCUGAGCUCAGCAGUGCUGUACAACAUGAACUGUUGUCUUUGCCGUCCUGGCGAGACUUAAAUCCUGCUCAAGACAAUUGCCGAUCAGAAGUUGUGUUCGAAUCAACUCGCAUGGCUGGCAUUUUGUACUCGAAUUCGGUUGUGUUUCCCGUCAAAGCAUCUGAUCCAUGGCUUGACCAGCUCUUGACCCAGAUGCGAGUGGUAUUCGAACAAGAGAACGCCAUGCUAGGAGACCGCGAUUGUGCCCCGAUAUUCGUCUGGGCACUGUUCAUUGCAUCGAUGGCAGCAUAUUCGACUCCACAUCGCGAGUUCUUUUCAGCCUUGCUGAGACGAUUACUUCACAGAUUCAAUCUUCUCUCCUGGAAGUUGGUACAUCCGAUUCUGCGCGGCUUCCUCUGGCGAGAUAGCGCCUGCUUACAGGGCGCAAGCACAUUAUGGAAGUAUUUGGCAGUGGAGAGCGCAGAAUCGACACCGACGAGACACAACUAAAGAAGCCAACGACACCUGAAUUCUAUCCCAUGGGGUAUCGAUAUCUACAUUUAAGCGAUCUGACAGAUGCGUGUUGAACCUGCACCUUCUACGCCACAGUUCCUUUAGCCUUACACCAGCGCGAUCAAGAUCGUCAGGACCUGAGUGACUCGGGUUGUCAACUCCAUCACUCUAUUAUCC